CUGGGUCAUCAGGCGUUGGAUCGUCUGGCAAGACACCGAGUUGUCUGGCAAGACUGCGGGCACCGAGUCAACUGGCAGAACAGCGGGCAUCGAGUUGUCUGGCAAGACUGCGGGCACCGAGUCGUCUGGCAAGACUGCGGGUACCGAGUCAUCUGGCAAGACCGCGGGCUCCGAGUCAAGUGGCAGAACAGCGGGCACCGAGUCGUCUGGCAAGACUGCAGGCACCGAGUCAACUGGCGGAACAGUGGGCAUCGAGUCGUCUGGCAAGACUGCGGGCACCGAGUCAACUGGUGGAACAGUGGGCAUCGAGUCGUCUGGCAAGACUGCAGGCACGAGUCGUCUGGCAAGACUGCGGGCACCGAGUCGUCUGGCAAGACUGCGGGCACCGAGUCGUCUGGCAAGACUGCGGGCUUCGAGUCGUCUGGCAAGACUGCGGGCACCGAGUCGUCUGGCAAGACCGGGGGCACCGAGUCAACUGGCGGAACAGCCGGCAUCGAGUCAUCUGGCAUAAUAGGAUCAUCAGGCUGGAUCACUUCAUCAGGCUGGGUAGAGACAUCAGGCUGGGUAAGGACAUCAGGCUGGACAUCAGGCUGGGUCAGGCUGAAUUGUGGGUGCCGAGGCACCAGG